AUGUCCUCCCCCACCCCGCACCCGAAAUCUAGCCUGCUGGCGAGGCAGCAGCGGCGACCACCAAAGCAAAAGAUUCAAUCAAAAACUCGAGCCGCUGCCGCCGCCGCCACCUGUUCCGGAUCACUCUUGACAGACAGCUGCCGCCAAUCGCAACAGGAAGAUGGCCUUAUCAUCACCAAAGCCUCACGUCCGUACGGCGACCAGAGCCAAUCCCCUCUCCUCCGCCUCCCCUCGGAGAUCCGCCUCUUGAUCUACUCUUACCUCCUCCCGCACGCCCACGACAUCACUUUCCAUCCCUUAACACGCAAGCACCCGACCACCGGCGCUCCCACGGCCUCCCACGCUGUGCAGAUUCCCGGUGUCUGGGCCAGCAUCGGCAUCUGGACGGCACUGCUCCGUACGUGCCGCCAACUGCACGACGAGGGCGCCGACGCCCUGUACGGCGGCAAUGCCUUCCACUUCGCCCUGACGAGCCGCGAGCGCGUGUGGGCCUUCAACCCGCUCAGCCCGUCUCCUCCGCCGACCGCGAGCGCCGGGGACGAUGGCCUCAUCUCGUCCCCGACGGCCGACCGCGGCGAAGGAGAGGGCGAGGGCGGCCUGAACGCGCUGAACGCGCCGUAUGCACGGGGCCUGCCCAUCAACACGCUCAAGACGGCCGGCAUCUCCACCGAGGCCCUCCGCCGCAUCCGUUGCCUCAGCCUCCGCAUCGAGGAGGACCUCGCCCGCCCGGAGCCCUACCGCCGCGUGCAGGCCUGGCUGCGCGAGUUCGUCGACAAGCUCGCCGACCCUUCCUGCUGCCUUCAGGAGCUGCGCGUCGAUCUCGUCACCGGCUCGUUCCGGUACGCCGGCUUCCCGAGCUUCACGAACAGCGUCUUCUGGGAGUUUGUGCCCGAGAAGAACGACGCCGUGGCCCGCCAGUGGCAGUUCGUGCUGGAACCGUUGGCCGGGCUCAGGGGCGUGAGGCAGGUCGAAGUGAAAGGCCAUAUGAGCGAGGUGUUUGCGAGCAAGUUGACCCGCAGAAUGAUGGACGUUGGCGAGCCGGAAGUGGGCAGCGACGAGAUGGAAGGAAUCGAAUACGGGACGCAGGUGGUGCAGAGCGGGAACAGAGCGAUGACGAGGAGCAUGCGGAAGUUCUACGAGCCGGAGCUCGACUGGCAGCUGGAAGGGGAGUGA